UUGUUUCAGUCAUCAAAUCAAGCAGAUACGCACUCGCCAGCAUCACCUCAUCGACGUGAAGGCCGAAAAACAGACAGGCGGCAGUCCCACUCACCAAACGCCAGAUUUGCGCUUCACGAUGAACGACUAGACCGAGAUCCGGCAAUCGAAAUGAGAUCUAGCUGGAGGCAGUACUUGAUUGAUGGAAGUCUUUGCCAGACCGGUGCAGUAAAUGGCUCCGCAGCAACAACAACAAUUGCAGUGGCUCCGGGACCAGCGGUGCGUCAGCCUAUGCUCUAUUAUUCGGCGCCAGGAUAUCGAACUCAACCACCUCGCUACGGCCGUGAUCGAAAAUAUUGA